AUGACACGCAUUGACAUUUUUGAAUCACCUUCCAAAAGGAAAAGUGGAAUAAUAAAUCUGGAAGGAGCAUCCCCAAGGAAAAGAAGAUCUCCUAGGAAAAAAACACCCCAAUUGCAUACAGAACUAUCUACGAGAGGCAUCAUCAGACUAGGGUCUCCAAGGUCGAACAGAACAGGAAGAAAUGGUUUGAGAUCUCCUAUCAAAAGGGGGGUCGAUGAGUUGAACAGGAUUGCUUUGCUGAAGGCCUUGAGUACAAAGAGAACAUUGCUGGAAGAUGGAAAUGAAGAUUUUGACGAUGGCCUUGACGGGGAUGAAUACACAGUUGUGGAAAAGAUCAUCAAAGCGAGCAAGGAGGACGGUAUUCUACCAGUGCACGUGGAACACGAAGAAGAACAUGAGGUAGAGAAUCAUUUGGCAGGGCUGAAUGAAAAUCUUGAGCAAGAAUUUCAACUCAAUGCUCAACAGCAGUUGUCGACCAUGGAUGAUAAGGCCUUAUUCUUAGAUGGAUAUGAAGGGUACUUUGAUCAGCAUAAAAGUCGCCAGAAAACAAGUGGUCACACAAUGAAUCAGGCAGUGUCUUUGGAACAUGACAAGUUCUUGGAGAGCACACUCAAGUUGAGUGGAAGCUUAGAGUAUUCUACUCGAUCCCAAAUGAAAAAAUACAUAUCAACACUCCAUACUCAAUGGUACUUCGAGCUACUGCAAGGAUUUAACAUUUGUCUAUAUGGAGUUGGCUCCAAAUAUGAAGUCUUAAUGAACUUUGCCAAAUUCCUAAUGGGCAGAUUUCAGCAUGUGCCCUCAUCGAAGAAACCUCAAUUCAUAGUUUUUAACGGGUACAACCCAGAUUCUACAUUUCAAGAUUUACUACGUUUGUGUAUGGAACAAGUCCUUACCAAGCAACAAAGGCGAAGAGCAAUAGUACCGCAACAACCGCAAGAUGCGAUUAGAUACCUCCACCGACGAGCUGGUCCUUCUGGUGGAGUUACCACAAUCCCCAAACUGGUGAUUAUACUGCACACUUUAGACGGAGAGUCUAUACAGCAAGAUCAAUAUCAGCUUCUUCUGGCUCAACUAGUCAGCGUCGAUUCCAUCUGGCUGAUUUGCUCCACUGAUCGGGUUGACUCACCGUUAAUGUGGGAUGCCAACAGGGCUAGUCUGUUCAAUUUUGUAUUCCAUGAUGCUACGACCUUUGACCCUUACAGCAUAGAAGUGUCUUUCAAGGAUGUGUUGCAGAUAGGCAAAUCCAAGAAAUUUGUUGGUUCAAAGGGUGCCAAAUAUGUGCUAGCUUCUUUAACUCCGAAUGCGCGUGGUAUCUACGGAAUUCUUGCAGCAGCUCAAUUGGAAAAAAUGUCAGAUUCGAUUUCCACCAACUCAGCAGCCCCUGUAAUUGGUUCUGUUCGUCAAGGGGUUCCCUUUAAAGAGCUUUACACCAUGGCCAUCGAGGAAUUCUUUACCAGUAAUACCUUGAACUUUAGGACAACCCUAGCCGAGUUCAGCGAGCAUAAGAUGUUAGUGAUUACUAAGGGAGAGUCCGGACAAGAAAUUGUAUAUAUUCCAUUCUCUGCGGAAGAAAUAGAGAAGUUACUAGCUGAGGUUCUAUAG